AUGCAGGCCUCUGACUACUACGGAUAUGGAGAUUACAAGGACGCUGCUCGAAGUAUGUUUCUCUCCAACAGAAUUGAAAUUCCACAUGACGUGAAGUCUCAACAUGAGGUGCGUUGGACGUUGGAACAAAUUAUGUACCGUCCUGGGGUCACCUCGGUAUGGGGCAUUGCUGGUGUUGGCAAAUCAACUCUCGUCAGAGAAUGUUACGACCAUUUCCGUGAGAAGCUGAUAACUCACGACAUUCAAAGAUCUGCAUGGGUCGAUGUGCCUGACCCGUUUAAUUUGGUGGAAUUUUCUCGCCUCUUACUCCUGGAUUUCCACCGCCCUGAUCUUGAAGCGAUGGAAGCUGCCGCAAUUGGUAUUAUGCAGGGUCAGGACCCAAUUCAACCUACUACAAAGACAAAAAUAGUUAUCAUCACAACUGAAGAAAGCAUCGCCGAACAUGGUGCCCAGCAGCAGAUUAUUAACCCUGAGUUGCUGGCUCAUCUAAACGGAAAGGUGGACCUUGCAAAACUUGUUGCAAAAUGUGGUGGGCUUCCCAAAGUAGUGUCUGCUAUGGGCAAACCCUUAAAUUGGUUAUUCUGGGAGGAUAUGAAUGAUGACUUUAUGCUCAAAUUGGAGACCGACCCUCAGUUCCAUAGUUUGAGAGGUCUAUUGUCUUGGAUGCAUUCCUAUUUUGAUUCUUGUUCAGAUUUGGUAAAGCCAUGUAUCCUCUACCUGUCUGUCUUCCCUGCAAGCAGCAAAAUCAGGCGAGGCCGUUUAGUGAGGAGAUGGAUCGCCGAGGGCUACUCAAGGGACACACUUGGUUGUACUGCAAGGGAGAAUGCGCAAAAUCGCUUGUCUGAGCUUGUUAAAUUGAGCAUAAUCCAGCAAGUAACAAACAAUAAUAUCUGUCAAGUCAAUGGUUUCUUCCGUGAAUACAUCGUUUCACGGCCAAUGGAGGAUAAUCUUGUUUUUGCCUUGGAUGGGCGUUGCAGUCCAAACACACAACCCACAGGGCAACACCUGACCAUAAUGACUAACUGGCAGAGGGACAAAAAUGUGUUUGAGGGCAUCGACUUUGCACGGCUGCGGUCUUUGACAAUUUUUGGGGCAUGGUGUUCCUUCUUUAUCUCUAUUAAGAUGAAACGGCUUCGAGUGCUCGACCUGGAAGACAUGAUAGCAAUAAAAGAUGAUGAUAUUGAGCAGAUAUUUUUGAAUCUGUUGAGCCUUAAGUUCAUCUCCCUACGAGGAUGCAGGAACAUCAGUCGUCUGCCGGAUACAUUGGGAGGGUUGAGGCAGCUACAGACUCUUGAUGUAAGAUUCACCUCCAUAGUCAUGUUGCCAUCUUCCAUUAUCAAGCUACAGAAGCUGCAAUAUAUCCAUGCUGGCACCGUUGUAUUGCCAGAUGAUGAUUGGACAUCCGCGUCAUCAGAAGACGGUGAUGGGGUCACAAGCCAACUACCAACUGCAACAUCAGCUGAACUAGAAGGCCGUGAUAGCAGCAUAUCUUCAGGCUGGCCAAUAGUACAGCCAUCUCCUGAAAUUUGCAUUACCGAAAGCUCAGCACAGGCAGCAACAUCAUCAGAAGCCCAACACUGCUCGAUGCUACCAAAGGUGGGAUGGGCAUCCAAACAGUCACGCACUUCAGUAGUACCUCGGUUGCCCAAGUUUGCACCUAUUACGUGGAGCUUGUGUGGGUCCAGGAGAGAUAGAAAAACUUGCAGUGUCAAGGUUCCGGUGGGGAUUGAAAAACUUGUGGCCUUACAUACUCUUGGUGUGGUGAAUGUCAAUGCAGCAGGUGGGGAGGCCUUUCUAAAGCAGCUCGCAAAACUAACCCAAUUGCUCAAGCUCAGAGUGUGCGGCAUAAAUAAGAAAAACUGGCAGCUGCUGUGUUCUGCACUCUCGGAUAAGAAUUGCCAUCUGGAAUCCUUGUCUGUGCGAUUUGAUGAAGAUUGCCUGGACGAUAGCUUCAAGCCACCUGAGACCCUGAAGAGCCUUAAGUUGUACGGGCCUAUAAGGAAACUGCCAGACACUAUCAAGGGUCUUCUAAAUAUCAGAAAGGUGGAUCUUGAUAUGACUAUUACAAGGCCAUUCGACAUGCACUUAUUCUUGAAAGACAAAUUGCCACUUUAUGGUAUCCUAAAUCGUCUCUGCAUCAAGGUGCAAGGAGACCAUAAGAUAGAUUUUAGCGAGGCUGAAUUCAACUACCUCGACAGGGUUGUUAAUGUUGUACCUCGGGUCCUCAAGAUGGAUUGCAGCUCCCAGUUAGAGGUAUCUUUGGAUUAUCAUUACAUUUCCCGUGGUGUUUUGGUGCUGAUAAUCCAGUGCUCCAAAGGAUCAUUUUUCCGGGUUUCUGGGAUCUUUGGGUUAAGCUCUUUGCCCCAUCUCAAGACAGUCUGGCUUAAGGGUUCCUACAGCGAGGAACAACAGGCGCACCUGCAGGAACUUGUUGACGGUCAUGAUAAGAAGCCAGUCUUGAAGCUGGAGCCACUGCAAUAGUACAUGCUCUCUUGCCUUCCUUCUAUCGUUUUUUUUUAUCUUUUCUUGU